AUGGGCAUAAUAAUCUCAGCCCAACAUGAUCAAGAUUUCGUUGUGAGCCGACUGAUGGCCCAGCCGCAGCAACUCUCACUCUCUGUCUUCCUUCAGGUAAGGUUUGUAUUGCAGUCGUCACAAAUGGCUCCUGCUAAAGUGGAUAGUACGAAAAAGGCUGAUCCCAAGGCUCAGGCCUUGAAGACUGCGAAGGCUGUGAAAGCAGGUUCUUCGGCAAUCAAGAAGAAAUCAAAGAAGAUCAUCACAAAAGUUACGUUCCACAGGCCGAAGACAUUGAAGAAGGACAGAAACCCCAAGUACCCACGCAUCAGUGCUCCUCCAAGGAACAAAUUGGACCACUACCAAAUUCUCAAAUAUCCUUUGACUACUGAGUCUGCAAUGAAGAAGAUUGAGGAUAAUAACACCUUGGUUUUCAUUGUUGACAUCCGCGCUGACAAGAAGAAGAUCAAGGAUGCAGUAAAGAAGAUGUAUGACAUUCAGACCAAGAAAGUGAAUACUUUGAUCAGGCCUGACGGAACCAAAAAAGCCUAUGUUCGGUUGACUCCAGAUUAUGAUGCAUUGGAUGUAGCGAACAAGAUUGGAAUCAUCUAA